CAGUAGUAGUCGUUUUGCAAGCACGUCCGCGUCCGCGAUAAGAUCGGUCGCGGUAGACCCGUCAGCUAUGCCGACUACAGCACCGAAACCUUCCAGCGAAGGGUCGUUCGGAAGCAAGGAUGCGGCGGAACUUGUCGCUAGCGUGCGAGAGGUGUUUCGUAGCGGUCGCACGCGAUCCCGCGAAUGGCGGGAGACGCAGCUGCGAGGGAUCGAGCGGCUGAUGAUGGAGGAGGAGGAGGCGAUCUUCGCAGCGCUCGCGAAAGACCUCAAGCGAAGCCGCGUCGAAAACGUCCUCUGCGAGACAGUGCAGGUGUACCAGUCAGCCAAGCAGGCCGCCAGCAGCCUGCGGCAAUGGAUGAAGCCCGAACGGGUGUCCACCAACUUUGUCAACAUGCCAGCGCGCAGUGAGAUCGUCCCGGAGCCCUUCGGAGCCGUCCUCAUCUUUGCUGCCUGGAACAUGCCCUUCUUGCUCUCACUAGACCCGCUCAUCGGGGCCAUAGCAGCGAGCGAGCAACUGCUCUCACUGGAUCCAUUGAUCGGCGCCAUAGCAGCGGGCAACGUGGCAGUGCUCAAGCCGUCUGAGCUGGCGCCAGCGUCGUCCGCCUUGCUAGCGAAGCUGCUGCCACGCUACGUGGACAAGGAGGCGGUCCGCGUGGUGCAGGGCGGUGCUGACGUGGCAACCGCCCUGCUGGAGUCCCGAUGGGAUAAGAUCUUCUUCACAGGAGGAGCAGCGAUAGGGCGGAAGGUGUUGGCAGCAGCGGCACAGCACCUCACGCCAGUGGCGCUGGAGCUGGGGGGGAAGAACCCCGCCUACAUCGACAGCUCCGCGGACUUCAACAUCUGUGUGAAGCGGAUAGCGUUCGGCAUGUGUGUGAGUGCGGGGCAGAGCUGCCUCUCACCCGACUACGUGCUGGUCGAGGAGUCUGUGGCUGACCAAUUCACCGACCACCUGCGUCGCACCCUGACCUCCUUCUAUGGCUCGGAUCCAAAGCAGAGUCCGGACCUGGCGCGCAUCGCCACGCCUGGCAGCUGGGCUCGGCUGCACGCUCUGCUCUCCGACCCUGUUACCAAGGAGCACAUCGUCGCUGGCGGAGAGACGGAUGAAGCCACUCGCUACAUCGCGCCCACCAUCAUCCGAGACGUGCCUCUGGACGCGCCAGUGAUGCAGGAGGAGGGCUUUGGACCCGUCAUCGCUGUCAUCAAGGUGCGAGGUGUGGACGAGGCAAUCAGCAUCAUAGCCAGCCGCCCCAAGCCACUGGCACUCUAUCUGUUCACAACGCGCAGCACCGUGAUCGACCGCUUUGUCAAGGAGACCUCGUCGGGGGCUGUCUGCGUCAACGACACCACCUCGCAUUUUGUCAAUCCAGCGUUGCCAUUUGGUGGAGUGGGAGACAGUGGUAUGGGCAGCUACCAUGGGAAGCACUCGUUUGACUGCUUUAGCCAUCGCAAGGCGGUUAUGGUGAAAGGCACCCUGCUGGACUUCCCAGUUCGAUACCCUCCUGGUAGCCCGCUCAACGAGAACCUUGUGAAAGCUCUCAUGAAUUUGUGGUUUGUACAGCUAGUUCUAGUCAUUUUAGGCCUGAAAAAGUAG